UCUCUCCACCUCUCCCACCCCGCAUCGCGUGUUCCCCGCUCGUUCGACCCGUUGCGCGCGUCGCACAUCCACCCCAGACGAGAUGUGGGCACUCAAGUCAAGCAGACCCGCCGUCCGCAACCUCCGCAGACCUCUCCUCGUCGCGGCGCGCGUCCGCUUCUACACGGUCGUCCAGGAUGCCCCCAUACCCAAGAAGACCAAAGUAUGGGGUUCCGUUGAAGAGGCUAUCCAGGACGUCAAGAGCGGCGAUACCGUCCUCUGCGGAGGGUUCGGUCUAUGCGGUAUCCCAGAAACUCUCAUCGAAGCCCUCACUCGCCGGAAAGACGUUAAAAACAUCACCGCCGUGUCCAACAAUGCCGGUGCGAAGGACCUUGGCCUCGUGAGAUUGGUGCAGUCCGGGCAGCUCGAGAAGCUGAUGAUUUCGUACCUUGGCGGAAACAAGUUCCUCGAGCAGAAGUACCUGCAGGGCGAGGUCGGCAUCGAGCUUGUACCCCAAGGAACGCUCGUCGCCCGCCUGAAGGCACACGCCUCGGGUUACCCUGCGGUCCUCACUCCGACUGGCGCGUACACCGCCGUCGAGCGGGGUGAUAUUCCGAUUCGGUACAACCCCGGAGGUAUGGAGCAUGGUGUCGCGGUCCCAGGUAACAAGAAGGAGGCUAUGGAAUUCAAUGGUCGGAGAUACGUCGUUGAGCCAGCACUUGCUGGUGAUAUCGCGUUCGUGCACGCAUGGAAAGCGGAUGAGGUCGGCAACUUGGUCUUCAGAUACACUGCGAACAACUACAACGCAGUUAUGGCCCGGAAUGCGAAGCUCACCAUUGUCGAGGCCGAGGAGAUUGUCCCUGUCGGAAGCUUGUCGCCCAACGCAAUUCAUGUCCCUGGUGUUUACGUCGAUCGGAUAGUCAAGGCUACGGAGCCCAAGGCGAUUGAGGUCCUUGCUCUCCGUCAGGAAAGCGAGUCGCUUUCGCAGCAGGACGGUGGCGCGAGCAAGGACAAGGCAGCACACGAUUGGCGGCAUAAGAUUGCCAAGCGGGCUGCUAAGGAAAUCGGUGAUGGAUUCUACGUCAACCUGGGUGUGGGCGUCCCUACCCUUGUCCCCGAGCACCUUGAGCCUGGUGUUACCGUUUGGGUGGAGAGUGAGAACGGUAUUCUCGGCAUGGGCCCUUACCCGACGAAGGACGAGGUCGACGCUGAUAUCAUCAACGCCGGAAAGGAGACUACCACGCUUUUGCCUGGCGCCUCCUGCUUCGAUUCGAUUGAGUCGUUCGACAUGAUUCGUGGUGGACACAUGGACGUCACUUGCCUUGGUGCCAUGGAAGUUUCCCAGGCGGGCGACAUCGCGAACUUCAUGAUUCCGGGCAAGCUCGUGAAGGGUAUUGGUGGUGCGAUGGACUUGGUCUCAAACCCGGACAAGACGAAGGUCAUUGCACUGACGCAGCACUGCGCCAAGGACGGCUCGCCGAAGAUCGUGAAGGAGUGCUCGCUGCCCAUCACGGGUGCGCGCGCGGUCAGCAUGAUUGUCACUGACCUUGCGGUGUUCGAUGUCGACAGGAAGGCGGGCGAGUUGACGCUGCUUGACAUUGCGGAGGGCCUCACACUGGAGGAGCUGAAGUCUAAGACGGGCUGCGACUUCAAGGUGUCGCCGAACCUUGGUACCUUUUAGAGCAGCACACUGUGUAGCAAUAGCCAUAUAUUUAUCGUCGCAAUACAGCAUUUCAGGAGCGCACGGAAUGAUGA